AUGGAGACGAACCGGGACGAGCAGGUCGCGCUGGUCCGCGGCCCGGACCACAUGGAGAUCCUCCAGAAGCCCAUGAACAAGGCCAAGAUCGACGGGUACCACAUGAGCAGUGGACGGACCACCGGGUUCAAGCCCCUGGGGCGAGACUACACGAAGAACCCCGGGGCCGCGAGCGCGCUGGCCAUCAUGCGCGGCUUCCGGGGGCCCCUAGGUCCUCCAUCGGUCAUGCCAAUCGAGCGAAGUCCGACGACGAUCGAUAUCACUCAAGUCGGCGCCGAGAUCAUCGAGCGCAACAAGAAGAAGACGUUCGAUAUGCCAGAGGAGAAGCCGGCAAUGUCCUCGAUCCACGCGAAUACAACGACGACCAAAGCCGUGUCAACCAGUAACAUGGUACGAGUGAUGCUAUGA